CCCUUAGUGUAUAAAACACAAGAGCCCUUAGUGUAUAAAACACAAGAGCCCUUAGUGUAUAAAACACAAGAGCCCUUAGUGUAUAAAACACAAGAGCCCUUAGUGUAUAAAACACAAGAGCCCUUAGUGUAUAAAACACAAGAGCCCUUAGUGUAUCAAACACAAGAACCUAUAGUGUAUCAAACACAAGAGCCCUUAGUGUAUAAAAAACAAGAGCCCUUAGUGUAUAAAACACAAGAGCCCUUAGUGUUUCAAACACAAGAACCCAUAGUGUAUCAAACACAAGAGCCCUUAGUGUAUCAAACACAAGAACCUAUAGUGUAUCAAACACAAGAGCCCUUAGUGUAUAAAAAACAAGAGCCCUUAGUGUAUAAAACACAAGAGCCCUUAGUGUAUCAAACACAAGAACCCAUAGUGUAUAAAACACAAGAGCCCUUAGUGUAUAAAACACAAGAACCCAUAGUGUAUCAAACACAAGAGCCCUUAGUGUAUCAAACACAAGAGUCCCUAGUGUAG